UCCUGUAAAACAUGUGACCCUCUGGAAACUCACUUCGGUCUUGUGAGAAGUUAGAUUAUUGCAGACAGACUUGACAACUUCUUUGGUGCAGACGUACCAGGAAGUUCUCAUAACAGAUUAUCCUUACUGUGUGCAAGUAUUUAUCAUGAUGCACCUUACAAAAGCCAGUCGUUGGAAAACAGUUGCUUGCCUGUUCGCCACACUGGCCUAUAUUAUUGCUACAAAUGGAAAAGUUGAAACAAAAAUUUCAUUCCAUGAAAAACUUGAAGAGUUAUGGGAAAAUCGACAGGACAAGAAUUUGAACUUUUAUGACUUCAUUGCGAGGGAAGUGUUUCCUGCCAAGAAGACGCUAUUCCAAGAUGUAGAUACUGCAAUUCCUGCUGAAUUUAUCAGUUCAAGUGGCAACGGAAUCGAGUUCAAAUGUCCGCUUUUCCACAAUCAUACCAAUCCGAAAUCGGUGCAUCGGCUCAAGCCGAGCGAUAUUGAUUACGUAGCAGCAAUGGGCGACUCGAUAACAGCUGCUUUUGGAGCUGAUUCCAAGAACUUACUUGAAAUUUUUAUAGAAUAUCGUGGGAUUUCCUGGAGCAUAGGAGGUGACAAGUCACUCAAGGAAGUUGUGACCCUGCCAAAUAUAAUUAAGGAAUAUUACAGUGGUGUGAACGGAUUUUCAGUAAAAACAACCCCAGUAAAAAUUCGUGUACCUUGGCGAGCGCACAUGAAUUUUGCAGUUUCCGGUGCCAUAUCUAUAGAUCUACCUGGUCAGGCCGAGAAGCUUAUAGCAGACUUGAAAUCAAAGAAAGACUUUGAAGACAGCUGGAAGUUACUGACCAUAUGGAUAGGAGGCAAUGAUCUGUGCGCAAUCUGCAAGAAUGACAAGCAUACACUUGAAAAAUACGUUGGAGGGAUCAGGGACGCUUUGGACAUGUUCCACGCAGAGGUACCUAAGAUGUUUGUAAACCUCGUGCAAAUCAUUGAUGUCACUGAACUUGCUUUGAUCGAAAAGCCAUAUUGCAAAGUGCUGCACAAGGUCCUUUGCAAAUGCGGUACGUCUGCAGGCGAGGAAGUUAAGAAGGAAGUGAGGCAGAGAGCUGUUGACUAUCGAAAAGGCGUCGAUGAAUUGAUAAACACGGGAAGGUACGAUACACGUAACGACUUCACGGUCGUUGUUCAACCGUUCUUCGUUAACACCAAGGCUCCUCGCAUGCCGGACAACAAAACAAUAGACAUGAGCUUCUUUGCACCAGACUGCUUCCAUUUCUCGGAAAAGGGGCACAGAGCAGCAGCACUAGCUUUGUGGAAUAACAUGAUCGAGCCGGUUGGAAAGAAGAGAACUGAGUGGACUGAAGGUGAACAGUUUGAAUGUCCAAACAAAAAAUUUCCGUAUUUCUUUACCAAGAAAAAUAGUAAAGAAUUCCUUGAAAAUUCAUUUGAAGAGGAAAACAAAAGAUUACUUUUUAAGGAAAUUGAAGAUUUUGGAUCAGACAAACGAAUAGUCAACAAAUCACAAAGUAGUGAUGCUGCUUCUGCAUGCUUGAUUGCUGGUGGGCUCCUGGUGGUCUUGGCUGUGCUUGCUGUAAUCACAGUCAAAAAGAGGCGACGCUCUUACCAGAAACUGGUUAAUGACACCAACCAAGCACAGUAUAAUUCAAUCUACUGAAAUAACUUUUGAUGGUAUUUUUGAUAAAUUGUUAAGAAAUUAUUGUCAAGUUAAUGUCUCAUCUACGAUGUAGCUUUGUGUGCCAUGAAUAAAAUUUAGAUCUCGGUACAUUUAUUCUUAGAAAAUUGCUUCAUAAUUGACAAAAGCUAUUCACCAGUUCUAGAAGAAUACGUUUAAAAAUCCUGUUAUUAUUACCUUAAUAAUUGAUAUCUCUACAAACAAUAAAGCGAUGUAUGUGAAUAAAGAAACUUGACAAUAUCGCUAUUCCUUGGCUCAAAGCUAUACCGAAGAGUCAUAAAAAUGAAAUUGAUUUGUAAGAAAUCGCUUCAAAUGAAAAUUGUUUGUCAAUAUUUUAUCAAUAUUUUAAAGUGUAUUGAUUUUUGUAGAAGUAGAAAAAAAGUACAAAGGGAAAUAUAACCAAUCCGGGAAGACAAAUUAAAUGGUUUAGAGUUCCACUUGAACUUUUCAGGUCUAGAUGCAAUCUUUUAUAAUAUUAUGUAAUUAGCAUUUUCAAUUUGUUCGUUGCUAGGACCAGCUAUUGGUAGUAGUGUUCAUGUGAUGUACACUAAAAUUUGUAAGAUCAACAUAUUAAAAAUUAUAUUUGAACUGAAAUAAAACGAAAUUUUUAUUAUUGAUAUUGCUGUUGCUA